AUGCACCAGGUUUCUUUCACAACCCUAAAGCGAUAUAUACAAAAAGAUGACUAUGAAUUAAUGAAAAACGAAAUUCAUCGUUUCUCACAAGUAGACAAUCAAGUGCAUAUAAUAAACAAAAAAGACGAACAUGGUGAUACACUUGUACAUUUCGCUGCACGAUACCAUGCAAAAAACGCGUUAAAAAUUUUGGUGGUGGAAUUUGGUGGUGAUGUGACCAGUGUUAAUAUUCAUGGACGUCAACCACUCCAUGAAGCUAUUGAAGAUUUAGAAUGUGUACAAUUUCUAUGUCGACAACCAAAUAUUGAUAUUGAUUGUAUGAAACCAAUGAAAGGUCGACUUGAUAUAGUAAAAGAAUUAACCUCGAAAGGAGCAAAUGACAAACUAUUAAACAAAGAUGGAUGGAAUAGUCUUCAUCUUGCAACUAAAGAAGGCCAUCUAGACGUAGUCAAAUUCCUUCACAAAAAAUCACCAGAAUCCUCUCUUUCACCCAGUACUUCUGGUCGUCUCCCAAUCCAAACGGCUGCAUUAUGCAAUCAUCCUGAGAUCGUUUACUAUUUCCUGGUCUCAUCAUCACGAGAUUCUAUAAAAUUCCUGUUAUCUGCAAACGAUAAUUCUGGACUCGAUUUGCUUCAAAACGCUGUAAUUUCUGGAAACCUUGAGCUUGUACAACGUUUAAUCGUGGAAUAUGGUGCUUCAAUUAUGGAAAGAGAUAAAUUAGGACGACAAACAAUUCACCAUGCUGCGAUGACAGGAAAUAUCGAGGUAGCUAGAUAUUUGGUGAUCCAUUGUUGUGAAAUUACAAAGAAUAAAAAUGAAGAGAAGGUAAAGUUUGUUAAUGUUCUCGAUGAAUGGGAUAUGUGGACUCCAUUGCAUUAUGCUUCAAAACAAGGAUACGAAGAAAUGGGUUUAUCCUCUUUUAUUUUCGGAGCAUACGCGAUCACUGUUGAACUUGCAAUUCCUUUGAUAAUUCAACAAGAACUUUACGGAAUCUUAUGUCUGGUGUGUCAUGUUCAAUGUUUAUAUUAUAAGUAUGGAGACGAUGAAAGAGCUGAACGACAACCAUUGAUAAUCCCAGAAAACGAAACAACCUUAGCGAUACAAUACGAUUCAACCCAAUGCAUAGAAAAUAAAGCAAUCGCAAACGAAAAACAACUAUCGCGAAUUCGACAAGCAAAAUAUUUUGCUUUGUUUUUCCUUUGGAUUUUGGGAUUCGGCUUGGCGCAAUACUUGGGUGUCGGUUUAUUGAAGAAUUUAGAUAAAAACGGAAUUUCGUGGCCUACGAAUUUAUUAGGAUUUUGUCCUGCUUUUUUUACUUUAAGCGGUUAUAUACCACAAUAUAUUGAAAUUUACAUUUUUGGACCCUCUUCAUUCAAUUUCCUCGCCGCAUUCAUUUAUUCCUUGACGAUAGUUUGUGAUUGUGGAAUUGUGUUCCUUUCUUUCUUACUUCGUCCGGUUGAUGAACCCGGCGAUCGAUAG